AGACAUGAACUCUAUUGUUUUCAACAUGCAAAAAUAGGUCAUGUAUUUAAUAAUAGGUUAACAAUAACAGUUCUGACGCUACCGAAAGCUCAUGCGAAGGUGAUAACUAUCGCGUACAUGUAAAGUUACAUUCGAGCGGUAUUGUAAUAACAAUAAAACAAAAGCUAGCUUACUCUCCUGUUUUCUAUUUCAGAGUAGCUGACAAGAGUCAAAUAAUACUUGCCCAAAUUAGCAUUGGAUUUAAGCCCUGCAGAUGUUAACUUAAUUGAAUGUUGUAAGAAUUUUGUUUAUUUCUUUGUUCACUCACAAAAAAAGGAUUUUUUUUCUCUUGGGAAUUACGAGUAAUAUAAAGAGAAAGUUAUUUCUAUAUUUUGUUACAUCAGGCAAGCUUAAAGUUCCCUUAGAUUUAAAAGCAACUCCAGCAAAUCUCCUAUAUUGGUGACAUUCAUUUGUAUUUUUUUGUUAUUUCAUUUAUUGUGAUAGAAAAUGAGCAUAUAUGUUUAUAUUACAAAAUCACAAUUUAAAAUGAACAGCCAACUCUGGUCUUAGCAAAUUUUGGCAAAAUCUCAUAAAUUGUUUUUUAGUGUUUUCUCCUAAAAUUUUACCUGAAACCUCCUAAAAUCUCUUACCUUGCUUGUUCCUUUCUUGUGAUCUUCCAAAAACGUGUCAAUUUUUCAGGAAAAGAUAAAUACGUGGUCAAGUUUGCAGAUGGUUGUGAAGUAUUUAUAGUAUUGGAAGAAAGGGUAUUGAAGUUAUGAAAAAGUAAAGAUUAAACCAACAAGAAUAUGGCACCUUAAAUAUGUUUCAAUACCUUCGAAAAGCUGUUGCAGGAAACAAUGUAAAAGAUCUACGAAAUAGUUUAAUCCAGGAUGAGUAUCGAAAGAAAAAGUUGAAAGAGAAUUUAGCACGCCAAAUUAAAAAGUUGCAAAAAUCACAUGUAAAUGAUGAUGUUCGCAUCGUUGAAAGAAAUGAUGAAGACGCAUUGCAAGUGUGUAUGGCAUUGGAAGCCAUAUUUCUGCAUGAAUACCAGCAACAUGCUCCUUCGUUAGCAGUCACCAAUUUGCGAUCAAUGUUUGUUGAUGGAGUUCGCACCACUGACGAUGAUAUUGUUUCCAUAGCAUUCUGGGAUAUGUUGAAGGAGGUUACACACCAUGAUGUUAUUACACAGCUCAAGCACUUAGUAGUAACAACAGAGAUUGGUUUAUGCAGGGCUUGGAUACGACUUGCCUUAAAUGAUUGCUUAAUAGUUAGCUAUCUGGAUGCAAUUCUAGCUGACAGAAAUCAGCUAAAGAAAUAUUAUGGAGUGAAUGCUUUUCUUAUGGAUAGUGAACUACCUGAUAUCUUAAAAGAGUAUCUACAAGGUCUCAUGCAGUUUGAGUUUCGUUUGAACUACAACUCAUCGAAGUUAAAUAUGUGGGACACACUUCCGUUACAACUUGCAGGUAUACUACCGGACGAUAACAAACUAGAAUCAAAACAAAGUGCUCAAUGUGAAGGUAAUACAGCUCGCUUGAAAGAUGUAGCUGUCAAAAAUGAUAUUCUUGGUCCUGUUUUAACACGUAGUGAUAUUCAACAAACAGGCAUCAAUAUAAGUUUAAUUCAGGACACGCAAACUCAAAAUGAAAGUAAAACUCCAUUAUCAACGGCAUCAUCUGAUAAAAUCCAACUCAAUGAAAGUCCUUCAGUGGAAGGAAUACAGUCAAGUAUUGAUACAACAGUCUCAAGAAAGAUUUUUAAAAUUGAAAGCGAUACUCUUACGAAGAACGUUUCUUCAGAACAUGUAGAAAAUGUAGAAGAAAAAGAAAGCAGCCCCUCUACACAUGAUGUCGAUGCUGAGAGUAUGUCACAGAACUCUGUUGUCCAGAACGAUGCUAACGAAGCUCCACCUGUAUUCAUCGGGAACCGUUUGGGUGGUAACGGAUGGUCUGGUUGGUCUUCUUCGUUUGAACGGGAGUCCUCUGUUGAUGUCAAUUCUGAGGAAAAACAAGAUUCGGGAGAAAAAAGUGUGGAGGAGAACACAGAUAAGGAGGAAAUUGCUGAUAUGAACAAGAAAAACGAAAGUUUUGGGACACUUCUCAAAGUAUAUGGUGACAACAAUCCGUCUAAAGAUACAGAAGUACUGAAUCCAUCUUCUGAUGAGGUAGAUGCAGGCGUGGUCAUAUUACCCAAGGAAAAUACUGUUACAGAAGCACCAGAGAAGGAGGACUGUACUUCCCCUACUCAGUCAGAUGCCAAUCUUGCACAGAUGAAUUUUGAGGUUGUUCCAAUGAGUUAUUCUUUACAAAAACAUCACAUAGACGAGAAAACUCAAUCUUCGUUGAAUCAACUAACUAUGAUUGGAUUGGAGCAAGGUUUAGAUAAACAGAAUUUCCGCUGCAAGCAAUGUGGAAAACCUAUUGGUUUAAUAUAUGGGCCGUACAGAGUGUGUUAUUAUGAUGGAGGGUAUUAUUGUUUUGAUUGCCAUGACGACGAAGAACACGUGAUACCUUCGAGAGUUAUACAAAACUGGGAUUUCAAAAGACAUAAAGUAUCAAAGUAUAACAAAUUAUUCUUAAUGAAAAUUGAAGAAGAACCACUUUUUCAUAUUGAUGAGAUUAAUGCUGAAUUGUAUGAUGUGAUCAUAGAACUGAAAGAAGUCAAGCUUCUUCGUUUGCAACUCCUGUACAUCAAGGAAUAUGUUCAAACAUGCAGAAAUGAAGUAACAGAAGACUUCAGAAUCAGGUUAUGGCCACGAGAAUAUUUAUGUGAUGACAUUCAUCAAUAUUCGUUAUUAGAUUUGGUGCAAGUCUACAAUGGUCAGCUUGCGCACCAUUUGAAGAAAGUGAUUGUGCAGUUUUCAAAACAUAUAUAUAAAUGCACACUUUGUCGACAGAAAGGAUUCAUUUGUGAAUAUUGUCACGAUCCAGCAAUCAUUUAUCCGUUUCAAGUCAAUAUAGCCGCACAGUGUCCAGGCUGUUUAUCAACGUUUCACAUUAAAUGUCGCCGCGAUAAACGAUGUCCGAAAUGUGUACGAAUACAUUUGCGUUCUCAGACCAAAAAAAAUGAGAUGGAUCGGCGGCUCUCUGUCAAUCAAAAAGAACAGUUGGGGAGCAGUGAUAUUUUGUGACAAAAUUACACGGAGACAAUUUUUCGCAAGAGUGUAUCUUCGAUAAUCAUAGUGGCGAUUCUUUUUAGUUCUUUUAUAUUUUAUUGUAUAUAUAUAUCUGUUUUACUAAUUCUUCUGCAACUCUACAAUCGUGGACUAAUUAUAAUGAAGCGCCUAAAAAAAUUUAAAUUACUGGAACCGCGCCUUCCCUUUUAAUGUAGGAUUCAUGUGGUACAAUCAAAUCUUCAGAGGAACUCGAGACAAUAGUGAAUAUGUUUUAUUUCUUUUGUCCGUGAUUGUAGUUGGAAUGGCAACCACCUACGCGUAACAGUGGAACAUCUUUUAAUUGGUCC